AUGUUCCACUUCAUUGCCGAGAAGCUCAACGUGAAGAACUUGGGUGAGCUCCUGGCGCCGACGCUCACGCCCGAGCAGGAGCUCCACGCUGCGAUUGAAGAGGGACUGGUCGACAAAGUGCUGGCGCUGCUGGACGAGGCGAACGUCGAUCCGAACGCCACGAACGAAGCCGGGAACCUGCCGAUCCACACGGCCGCGUACCACGGCCGCGUCGACGUCCUGACGGUCCUUCUGGCCCACAACGUCGACGUGAACGCCACGUGCCCGCGUCAGAACUCGCCGCUGCACUACGCCGCUGCGCAGACGCGUGACGAAGCUGUGCGCUUCCUCGUCGACAAUGGCGCGAACCCGGCGCUGCGCAACCGCAGCGGCCGCACGCCGUACGAUGUGGCCAAAGGAGACAACAUCCGUCAGUACCUACUUCCACUGCAGUUCCGGCACGAAGAUCCAGCGCAAGCUGCAUCGCAUUUGCCGCCGGGCGUUACGCCGUCUGUCGAUCCAAUGGCGCCGCGACCAGUGAUCGCGCCUCCGCCCGUCAGCGGAGACUACUCGACGAUGCCGCACCCUUCGACGAUCGGCGCGGCACCUCCGCAGCAGAUGGCGCAGACCAAUUUGUACGCUGCGGCUACACAUAGUGCGAUCCCUCGCGGUGGGCCAUCACGGUUUGCUCGUCCGAAGGGCUACCGCCCUAUCCAGGCGGACGGCUUUGGCUCCAGCGUCGGCAACGAGGAGCUGACGGCCAAGUUCGGCAACACGCGCGAGGUGAAGGUCACUGCGCCACCUCCAGCCGCUAUGGCACCGGUGGGGUCAGCCCCGAUUGAAAGCCUUGCAGUCAACAGCGCUGCAGCGAUCCCUCCCGUUGCUGGCGUCAACCCAUACGCGUCCACGUACGCUGACAAGCCGCAAAAGCCUUCACCUGGCGGGUAUCCUGCACCGACGCUGCCGGGUGCUGGCGCGGUCGCUCGUGGUCCGCCUCAGUUCAAGAUCUUCAACCCCAAGCUCGCUGACGCUGCGUCGCCUGGUCCUUCAGCUGCGUCGCAUGCUCCUCCUGCCUUUGGUGCAAGAGCUCCUUCGAGUGCACCGCUGAACCCGCUGCCGUCGUACACGGCCCAAGCGAACGCGGCUCUCCACGAAGAGCAAGUGCAUGUGUCGACCACCGACAGUGCGCUGCAGUAA